UAAUAAUAAUAAUAACAACAACAUGGAAUGGGUCAACACACUCUGCACAUGCUCAGAGGCACUGCUGGGAGGGAGAUAAAUGCAAUAAUAAUAAUAAUAAGAAAAAUAUGGAAUGGAUCAACGCACUCUGCACGUGCUCAGAGGCAUGGUUGGGAGAGAUAUAAAUGUUUGUAAUAUAAUAACAAUAAUACGGAAUGGGUCAACGCACUCUGCACGUGCUCAGAGGCAUGGCUGGGAGGGAGAUAAAUGCAAUAAUAAUAAUAAUAAAAAUAUGGAAUGGGUCAACGCACUCUGCACGUGCUCAGAGGCAUGGUUGGGAGGGAGAUAAAUGAUUGUAAUAUAAUAACAAUAAUACGGAAUGGGUCAACGCACUCUGCACGUGCUCAGAGGCACGGCUGGAAGGGAAUGUUUACAUUAUUAUUAGCAUUAUAUUUUUAUAUUAUCUUUAUAUUAUUAUUAAUUAUUAUUAUGAUGAUUAUUCCCUUUGCAGGGCAUGGCAGUGUCCCGGGGGGUCAGCUCUUGUUUGUCCUGUCCGGCCAGGCCAGGAAGGAGCGGGUCUUGACCGCCGAGCUCCACCUCUUCAAGCUCCGGCCGCUGGACGGGCCUCACCCACGCAGGCACCACGUCCAACAGGUGAGCGUGUACCAGGUGGAGGGCCGGUCAAGGAAGAAGCUGCUCUGCUCCCGCCUCCUCUCCCUGCUGGGCUCCGGAUGGGAGGUCUUCUCUGUCACUCAAGCGGUGCGGGACUGGACGUCGGAGGAGGUGGACAUGGGCCUGGCGGUGGCCAUCGAGGGGGGGUCGCUGGACGCCGACCCCACCCCGGGGGUCCGCUUUGCCUCCGGGCGGGACCACCACCCCGGCCGCAAGCCCAUGCUGGUCCUCUUCGCCCAGGACGACAGCCCCACCGCCCCGCUCCCCAACACAGACCCCAGCGGUGAGUGAGGCCUCAAGCCGUACAACCUCUGAGCAUGGCCAGAGUGCAUUUCCUUAUUGCAUCACUCUAUUUAUACACGCA